CUGAAACUUCCGGAGAUGAAGGAAAAGUGCAAGAACGCGGCGAAGACGCGCAGAGAGAAGGAGAACGGAGAGUUCUAUGAGCUGGCAAAGCUGCUGCCUCUGCCCGCCGCCAUCACCUCCCAGCUGGACAAGGCCUCCAUCAUCCGGCUGACCAGCAGCUACCUCAAGAUGCGGGCCGUGUUCCCCGACGGUCUGGGCGAUGGAUGGGGUCAGACCUCAAGGUUCAGUCCUCUGGACAGCAUGGCUAAAGAGCUGGGCUCUCACCUUUUACAAACUCUGGAUGGCUUUGUGUUUGUUGUUGCCUCUGACGGCAAAAUCAUGUACAUCUCUGAAACAGCAUCGGUCCACCUUGGCUUGUCCCAGGUGGAGCUAACAGGAAACAGUAUAUUUGAGUACAUCCACCCAUCAGACCAUGAUGAGAUGACAGCAGUGCUGGGUCUCUGCCAGCCCCCCCAUCAUCACUUCUCUCCAGAGUAUGAACUAGAGCGCUCCUUCUUCUUGAGGAUGAAGUGUGUUCUUGCUAAACGGAAUGCAGGACUGACAUGUGGAGGAUAUAAGGUCAUCCACUGCAGCGGCUACCUGAAAGUGCGUCAGUACAUGAUGGACAUGGCGCUGUAUGAAUCCAGUUAUCAGACUGUGGGUCUGGUGGCAGUCGGUCACUCCCUGCCCCCCAGUGGUAUCACAGAGAUCAAACUGCACAGCAACAUGUUCAUGUUCCGGGCCAGCCUAGACCUUAAACUCAUUUUCUUGGACACAAGGGUGGCAGAGCUGACAGGAUAUGAGCCCCAGGACCUGAUAGAGAAGACGCUCUACCACCACAUCCAUGCCUGUGACGUUUUCCAUCUGCGCUAUGCUCACCAUAUAUUGCUGGUUAAGGGUCAGGUCACCACCAAGUACUACCGCAUGUUAUCAAAGCAUGGAGGCUGGGUGUGGGUGCAGAGCUACGCCACCAUCGUCCACAACAGCCGCUCCUCCAGACCUCACUGUAUAGUCAGUGUCAACUACGUCCUCACUGAAAUUGAAGGCAAGGAGCUGCAGUUAUCUGAAGACCAGAGCCGAGCCACUAAGCCUUGUGUCAGCCUAUCCUCCCCUCAGGACCCCCGCAAACACCUCCGAACCAAAGCAGUCAAGAUGAAGCCCAAAGUAAGAGCAGCUCCCUAUCCUGAGCAGGAGGCUGCUAGCCUCUUCCAGCCAGAGCGCUCCAACUGCUCCUUACAGAGGGGGGUGUGGAAGGAGAGAUCCCAGUACCCACUGAACCCCUGCAGGGAGAAGAGCUCCAGCUUGAGCCCUGAAGCCGGCCAGGUGCCCUGCGGUCCCCCUUACAACCUGUCCCUGCACUACCCCUACAGUCCCCAGAGCCCGCUGCCUCGCUCCGGCCACCCCUCUCAGCACAUCAUCGGCUCGCUGCACAGCAGAGGCUCUGUGGGGUGGAACAUCAGCAGCCCCCCCGCACCCAAUAGAUACACAGGCCCCGGGAUGGCAGCUGACCGCAGGUUCCCUGAUGACAUCUAUCCGGAUUGUUCCACAAACUCACAUUCUACCAGCAGGUUGAAGGAAGAGCCCUACGAACAUUACACACUCAUCCACAGCGAGGUGUCUGACGUUUGUUCCCACCCCCGUCAUCAUGGCACCAAAGACAGUAAAGCUUCAAACCAGGCGCUCCAACAUGAGGGAGCUUCAGGUGACCGGGGCCACGCCUGUCCCCUGCUCAGUGGCGUGGUGCUGGGUAAAGGUGAGCAGGGUUUGCAGAUGGUGCUGGAGCAGAGGAGGAGGCUGUGUAUGAUGGAAGCUCCCUACGGCCCCCCAGCUGCAGGAUACCCAUACCCUUCUGACGGAGCUGCUCCUCUGCAGCACAGGUCUGCAGAAGAGGACAGGAGGACAUUGGUGGGAGGGGCCCAGGCUCCAUACAUGUCUCUGAACUUCCAUAAAGUGUUGGGUAAACACGGCUCUCUUACAACACUGAGUCAUCUAGCAGACGCUCACAGCUCCGGCUCAUCCCCGGAGAGCCACAGAGAGAUCCCACAUUACAUCGGCACAUCCGUGAUCAUCACCAACGAGAGGUGA